GCACAGAAAGGUCAGGUGUAGGAUCAAGGCUGUAUUUAUAUAAAGACAGAGGAAUAUGUACUGGAAAACCUUGCUCAGAAAGGGAAAAGACCAGAGGAAUUUGAAAGUCACACUAUGAGGAUCUUAAUUUUUGUCCUCACACUGAGCGUUUUCUCGUGUUCAGGGUUUCCAGUGUAUGACUAUGAACUACCUGUCACAGAAGAGGCUCUCAAUGCUUCCAUUGCAAGGAUCAAUUCUCAGUCCUGGGGGACAAACCUGUAUGGUGUCGUCAGGAGCCAUGUCACAAGAGUUGACAUGUGGAACAGCAAUGCUUAUAAACUAGAGCUGCAGUUCAGCAUUCGUGAAACUGUGUGCACAAAAGCUUCAGGGAGAGACCCGUUCACUUGUGACUUUAAAAUUGGGCCUUUUGUGACAACUGCUUUCUGCAGAAGUGUUGUGGAUGUUUCUGGUGAGCUGAUCUCGAACGUUAUUGUGCAGUGCCAUCGUGGCACAUUCAGCUCUGAAUCAAUGAGCAGUGAAGAGAUGAUGCAUAUACCGAUAAUGAAUCCCAACAGAAGAGGCAGCAGUCACAGAGAAGAUGAUGUAUUUGCUCCUGAAGCCUUCCCUUCAAGUGGAAGAGGUGGCAGCCGUGGAGGCUGGCAUAAACCCAACUAUUUCAGGUCUGACAAGAUAGAAUGACAUGGUUUGGGUCAUGGAUGUUUGGUUCUGUGAAGCAUGGGAUGAAUUUUGAGCUAUGAUAUUUCUCCCCCCUCCCCUUUUUUUUUUUUUUUGAAGUAGACUGGAGAAUAAGAAGAAUCAAGAUUCAGAGAUCCGGCAUGCGAAGAGAGAACCUGAUGCCAUUUCCUUUUAUUUUCUAUGAAAAACUCUUCUGUAUUGAAGUGACAGUCUUUCCCUAAACUUUCUGAAGUGACAUCAAAUGGCCAUUGGAUGAGCUCAUGAGAUGUCAACUGCAUGCACUUGUCAGUGGAUAGCUGCCUUCUGAUGGGUUAGAGCUCACUGGGAGGGCUGUCUCAGACAUCCAGCCUUAACUGUGUCCAGUAUGUGUUGUACCAUCACAUCAUGAUGCUAUUAAAGGAUCAUUAUUCCAUCUGUUUGUUCUGCAGUAGCUUGUAAUUUUCUGUAAUGCUUGUAGCUAAUUAUUGAUUCAUUCAAAGUAAUAAAGGCACUUAAUUUCUUUUUC